UGAAGCUGCUUCAUUCAAAGUUCAGUGAAGCAGAGAUGUAAAUACAGAGGAUGACACUAGAAGACCAAUGUCACCAAUCUUUCUUCAGCAAGAGUGUCCUACAGCUUGCCAGAACACUUGCCAAAAUAAAUCCUACGCCAUAUGAACAGGUAGAAAAGUUAUUGGCACUCUGUCCACUUGAGAGUCAUGGAGGAGUAUUUCGAGUGGACCAACGCAGCCAGGAUGCAGUUGUUGCUGUUGGUGUAUACCUCUUGGAGUCUGGCCAGCAGCACCAGACACUCAUCCUCCAGUAUUUACUCAGACUUCUUCGUGCUCUUCCCAAAGCUGUUUGGCUGGAUGAGAAACGGAUAUACCCAACUGAUCGUAUGCCAGUUGCUGAGCGUUUCAGUUUCCUGCUGACAACUCUGCUGACUGAUGUUGCAACCAACAGUGAAACUGUGAGGGAGGAUAUUAUUGCUACCCAAGUUGAAGUACUUUCAACACUAACAAAUGUUAUUACUAGGGCUGCUCGUGAUGACCAGCUACGUUCAAGUAAUGGAAAAUUUUCCUUGUGCCGUGGGACGGUGCCCGUCUUGCUGGGUCUGGCUCGGGCACUUGGCCGCUCUACCUCAGGGGUGCCUCUUUUUCUACAGAUCUUUCCUGAGCCAGUUAUCCCAACUUCAGUUCCUGCUGAGCCCCCACAAAUGACAAAGAAGAAGAGUUUCAUCAAUUUUCGUCCCAUUAUUCCUCGAUCUCUCUCCUCAACACUACCCUCGUGUUCUGAUGUUGUCUCUCUUGUUAGUGUGGACAGUGACCGAGAUGUUGGAUUGCGCAUGCCAGGAGGUCCAGGGAAGCGGCCCUCUCUGCAGUCUCAACAAUCAGUUCCUUAUGAUACAAAAGUAUAUUUUUUUCAAAAAUACGGAUCAAGCUUUGGAGCAAAUUUUCCCCAACUAGCACAGUAUGACCACACACUAGUAUUCCCUGUACAGCAUCUACAGACUGUUCUCUCAAAUGCUAAGAAGCUGCUGGCUAAAGAAGUUUUAACAGUAUUGGAUGAAAUAGCCUCUGAAGUUUUUGCAUCCUGCCAGGUGAAGAUGUUUCCAUACCGCAGUGUUCGGGAGACAUUGAAUCUAGUGAUGGUUACGCUACUUAGAGAACUUCUUGCAUAUGAAAAAGAUCUUCCUGUGCCAUUCACCCGAGAUGUGCAGGACUUUGUGAAAGGUCUUUUCCUGUCAGGUCAGACUGAAUUAGCUGUGCAACAAAGUGAGAGUGGAGAAAAGAGUGAUCUUAACAAGAAAAUUCCAUCAAUCAACCCCUACAGGCUCAAUGUCCAGGCUAAUGCUGCCUGUAUUGAUCUUUUGGUGUGGGCCAGUACUGAUGAGUCUGAGGCGGAGAGUUUGUGCAAUCGACUGACUGAGAAGGCAAAUGUCCCUCAUGGUCACCGCCUGGUUCUUGCUCAUAUGCCUUUGCUGCUGGUGUGUCUAGAGGGCUUAGGUAAACUUGCUGAAAAGUUUCCAAAUAUUGCUGGGACAUGCAUUAACUACCUUCAGGAUUUCCUAGUUAGUCCAUCACCCAUCCUCUUAAAGCUCCACCGUCAACAGUCUGACUUCCUGACCCCACAUCAGGGCAACUUAACUGUAAAAGUUACUGGAGACACGAGCAACAGGCCAGUGUCAGCCUCGGCAGCAGCAUUUGAGAGACUGAGAGAUACGGCCAUAGAGAACUUGUGUAUUGCACUCAAGUCAGGACUGACAGUAGAUGCCAACACUGUGCUUGCUUUUAUAUCCUCAAUAUCCAGUAGAGAAAAAGCUGGCUAUGAUCGUCUACCAGAAAGUGAUAAUAUUGUAAUAUCACACAAUGUGGUGGUGGCAUUAGGCCACGUGGCUGUGGCACUGAAGGAUUCUCCUCGUACCACUGAAACCAUCCUUCACCAGUGUCUCCUCCAGCGCUUCUGCCGCCCUCCAUCCAACCUGGAUACACUAAUUGUUGACCAGUUAGGCUGUAUGCUUUUGGCAAAGAAUGAUCCCAAGGUAUAUGAUGAGAUAAUGGAGCAGUUCAGUAAAAUCAUCAUAGAAGCAAGCAGUGGCACGUACGGAAUUGGUGCAGUUCAAGACCAGCGCAUGAAGCAGUAUAGACAUGUUGCUACUGCUGUACAUAAUGCAUUAGCAAAUAUCUGUGCCAACAUACAAGGAGAAGCUGAGAUGGAUAAGUUGUUAAUGCGUUUAUUGGAACUGUUCGUCAAGCUUGGGUUGGCAGCAAAACAAAACUCAGAAAAACAUCCAGCUGUGUUGAAGGCAUCUAGCAGUGCAGGAAACCUUGGAGUGUUGAUCCCUGUGAUAGCGGUGCUAGUGCGACGUGUGCCUCCAAUAAAAGAACCCAAACCACGUCUGUUGAAGCUGUUCCGAGACUUCUGGUUAUUCUGCAUUGUUAUGGGCUUCACACAGCAGGAGUCUGGGUUGUGGCCUGCAGAUUGGCAUAUGGCUGUCUGUGACAUUGCAGUGACUUCUCCUCUCUUGUUGUCCCACACAAAGCAUCGUUCAGAGAUGAAGGAACUCAAGUAUACCUAUGCAGUGCGGGAUGAUUCUGUUUCAGUUAGUGAAUUAAAUGAGCUACGACAGCAAAUUCUGAGUCUACUUGAACACACUGCUGACGUUACACAGAUUAUCAAUAAAUUUUCAUUUGCUCAGUGCAUUUAUGUUCUUUCUGUCUACCGUGUAGAAGCCCUCAGGGUGAGAAGUUCUCCAGAAAUCAACUUUCAACCCAUGUUUGGUUACCUGCUUGAUCCAGUCAUCCAGAAUGACAAGUAUGAUAUGUGGACAUGUAUUAACAGAGUGAGCGAGAAGGUGUUUAGCAUUUUUCUGGAGCAGGUGAGUCAUCGGCCACGAGAUGAACGUCAGGAGAAGCUUCUUGUCUUACAUGCACAGUUUCUGUUGACCCAUUUUAAUCAUACUCAAGUCCAAAUUCGGCGAGUGGCUGACAAACUGCUCUCCAAGCUGGUUGACAGAUUCCCUCUCCUUUUAUGGAAUGGGAAUGUGUUACGGACACUGCUGGACAUCUUACAAGUUUUGGGCUACUCACUACAACUGGAUCCCAAUGAUGCCAACCCAACCAUACCCAUUCCAAAUACUCCAUUCAGCAUUACCCUCAUGGACACUCUAGAAGCAAGGGAGCGUACAGUGAGUGACUUUGCUGCAAGAUGUCAAGGAAUUCUGCAAGAGGCUAUGAAGUGGGCUCCUGAGGCUACCCGUUCACAUCUGCAGAACUACCAAACACACCUUGACCAGAAUAAUCUGUAUACUCACUCAGGCCUGGCACUGGCCACUGAGUCUGUCUUACAGUAUGCUGGCCUUGGCACUUCUGUUUCAUGCGGCUAUUCCACUUUGGAUAAACGGCAUAAGGGAAUGAGUGAUUUGACAUCAUCUUUCAUGAAGUCUCUCAGCCUGAGAACCCAUUACCAGGGAGAAAUAUCAGGGCUACUACUUAUGGUCUCAGAUGAAGAUCAGAGAGAUAAAUUGGUGUCCAAACUUUUGGGAGAUAUUAAGAUAGCUUGUGAUAACAAGAGUGAAAUAGACUUCAGACAAGGCCUUUGGAGAGCAACUGGUCUCCUGAUUGCAACCAAAGGUAUUCACCGUAGACUAUUGCGUUGUGUGUGUACAUCGUGCUUAAACCUCUUUACGGAGGAUGCAAUGGAUAACAGCACAGCUUGUUGGCAAUGGAUCCUAUCAGCACGCCAUGACCUGACCUUACCCUUCAUGCAAGAGAUGAUCUCCGCGUGGCAGGAUAGUGUAGAUCGUCGAUUAGGUCUGUUUUCACGACAGCCAGAGGAAGUGAACCCUCUGGCAGCUUAUGAAGGCUGUAAGUUAGAGCCACACGUCCCUCAGGUUGGAGCCCAUGAUCUGUGGAUAAAGUUCAUCAGUGAGCGCAUUGAGAUAGCCAAAUAUGACAGUGAUGCUCAAGUGGCCAUGUUCGCCGGCAUGUUUCACCGUACACUACACAUGACUGUGGGCAACCCAGACUCUAAGAUCAACCGUCAUAUUGGUGCCCUUGGCACCCGUUUCCGCCUCCUCUCAUGUGCACUCACUUUGAUUCAAGGUGAUGCUAUUCCUAAGUCAUUGAGCAAGAAUGUAUUAAGAGAGAGAAUCUACUGCGCUUGUUUGGACUACUUCUGUGCUGCUCGUGGCUGUCCCACCCAGCGGGCAGGGCGCCUACAGGAUGACAUUAAUGCUCUUCUCAAUUUCUGGAAUUCACUUCAUGCUGACAAAAAAUAUUUGAAAACUAGUAUAAUUGGAGACUUCACAUCCUAUCAGUAUGGCGGAGGCGCUUCACUCUCACCAUCAGUUGCCUCAGAUCUACGCUCCACCUCGGGUGAAUUUGUAAUGACUAAUGGAUGGAUCAAUACUGUCCCUCUCUCAUCUAACACAUCCACUCUCUCUAAAAGAUCAACACGUAGUAAGAGACUUAUCAAUCCAGACAUUUAUGUCAAAGAUUACCUGAAGAAGAGAGCCCUGAUACUGUCCCUGUUGGCUGUUGAAAUUCAGACUAUGAAAGUAUGGCUUCAGACACCUCGGCCAGCAGGACAAGGUGGAGAGGUUAGCACUCCUCAGGAAGAAGCUCUUGUCAAGUGGCUGUCAGGUGGCUUCAACAGUCCUAAGGCAUGGAGUGGCAACACAAAUCUAGCAUGGAAUAUAUCUCCUGCAUUAGCUCUAUUUUUACCCACAAGGAUUCACAAUGUACAAGGACUGGAUGCAGAAAUCAGCCACUUGGUACGGGACAAUCCCAUUGCUGUUAGUCACUUGCCAGAUGCCCUGCAGUACUUGGCUACCUCAGAAAAUAUUCUCUCUGACAUUCCAGAGCUGAACUACAUGUUGACGUGGGCACCAGUGCCACCUGUGAAGGCUCUGGCUUAUUUCUCACGCCAGUUCUCACCACAUCCACUGACAGCGCAGUAUGCUGUUCGGGUCCUCACCAGUUAUCCCCCAGACACGCUGCUCUUCUACAUUCCUCAGUUAACUCAAGCACUUCGCUAUGACACUAUGGGUUAUGUUACUGAAUUGAUCAAAUUAGCAGCUAAGAAGUCACAACUGCUUCUCCAUCAGCUGAUAUGGAACAUGGAGACCAACAAGUUCAGGGAUGAGGAGGGUCAUGAGAAAGACAAUGAUUUGCAUGAAGUAAUUGAAAAUCUUGAGAAGGUAAUGCUAGCAAAUUUGUCGGGACCAGCAAAGCAAUUCUACGAGAGAGAGUUUGACUUCUUUGGCAAAGUUACUAACAUAUCUGCUAUUAUUAAGCCAUAUCCUAAAGGGCAAGAGAGAAAGAAGGCAUGCUUGGAGGCUCUACAUGAUAUCAUAGUCCAGACAGGCUGCUAUUUGCCAUCGAAUCCGGAGUCUGUCAUCCUAGAUAUUGACCGCAAGAGUGGAACACCAAUGCAAAGUGCUGCUAAAGCUCCAUACCUUGCACGAUUCCAAGUGUGUAAAUGUGGAAUAAGUGAACUGGAGAAGCAGGGAAUGGCAGUCAGUUCAGGCCAGGAAGUCAGCACCAGCAUUGGCCCUGUAGUGUGGCAAGCAGCCAUUUUCAAGGUUGGUGAUGAUGUGCGGCAGGACAUGCUUGCUCUCCAAGUCAUCUCCAUCUUCAAGAAUAUAUUCCAAACUGUUGGACUUGACUUGUUCCUCUUCCCAUACUGUGUUGUUGCUACCUCACCUGGGUGUGGUGUGAUUGAGUGUGUACCCAAUGCCAAGUCUCGGGACCAACUUGGACGUAGUACUGACACUGGUAUGUACCAGUACUUCCUGGAUCUCUAUGGAGAUGAAAACUCCCACAAGUUUCAACAAGCGCGUACAAAUUUUGUCAAGUCAAUGGCAGCAUAUUCACUGGUAGGAUUUCUGCUACAAAUUAAGGACAGACACAACGGAAACAUCAUGCUAGACACUGAUGGCCACAUCAUUCACAUUGAUUUUGGAUUUAUGUUUGAGAGUUCUCCUGGUGGUAACUUAGGGUUUGAGCCAGAUAUUAAACUGACAGAAGAAAUGGUGAUGGUAAUGGGAGGAAAGGUUGAAGCAGCUCCCUUCCAGUGGUUUGUUGAGCUCUGCAUUAAGGGAUAUCUGGCUGUCAGACCUUAUCGAGAAGCAAUUGUUUCUCUGGUGUCUCUGAUGCUGGACACAGGACUGCCAUGCUUCAGGGGCCAAACUAUCAGACAGCUGCGCUCACGCUUCACUCCUCAGUCAACUGAAAGGGAAGCUGCUGAAUAUAUGCUGAAUAUUAUCCAACAUUCACACCUUAGCUGGCGAACAAAAGCAUAUGAUCGACUUCAGUACCACCAGAAUCAAAUUCCAUAUUAGAAUGGUUUGUUUUUAUUUUUUAUUUUUUAAGUGAAAAGUUAUAGUAAAGUAGUCUAAUAUUCUUAGAAUUGUUUUUCCUAUACAGGUAUUCCCAGCUAUAUGAAUGUUCAAGACACGAAAAUUCACUUAUUUUAAUUUCCUGAAUUACCACCUCUUUUUCAUAUUACCAAAGCUUUCCCUACUUAUACGAAUUUGGGUCCUGGCAAAAAUUCAAAUCACACACCCCCAGGAGUCAGCUGGGAAGGCCACAUCCUCCUAACAUUCUCUCUACCAGGCUGAAGCAGAUUUUUUAUUAUUUUUUUAAAUUUCGAAUUUCAGGUAGAAAAACAUAACUUUAUUAAUAUAUUUUUAUAUUCAGCUACAUGCACACACAUUCCUACAUACAGAAUUAAAAAAAAUAUAUAAGGUCAAAAACAUAAGGGAAUAAACAUCUCUUUGUGAACCAGCCAGAGUUAGCAGGAUGAGCUGAAAGAAGUUAUGUUAUAGUUACUGUAUUAUUCAACUCAUAAUUUCAGGUAGAUAAACCUAACUAUCUUCACUUUUUUUUUUUUUUUUUUUAUAUAUAUACUUGGUUAGAUGCUCACAUAAUCCUUCAAACAUAAUGUACAAAAAAAUGAAAGUAAAAUAAAUAACUAGCAUAAGGUCAAAACAUUUCUUUGUGUGUGAGAGGUGGAGGGGGAGUUGCCCAGGGUUGGGAGGGGGAGCAUCCCCAGCUGGGCUGGGUUGUUAUGGUGAGGCUUGAAGGCGGCCAUGAGUGACAGCCAGUAUCUAUGCAAAUGGAGGCUGUGUUAAACUUUUGAUAUAGCUUUUCGUUAAUAGGUUUAGCUCAUAUUUUCAUCUAAAUAGUAUUUUAUUGUUUUUAAUGUGUUAGUUAGUAAAUUACAGUAGUUGCAUACUACAGUAUUUAUCAUUAGUUAGGUAAGUUUAUUUGUUGUUCAGGUACUUAUUUCAUGUUUCUGGAGUAUGAUAUUGGAAUUUUCUUGUUAUUGGGAACCAAAUCCUAGUUUUUCCAUUAUGUUCUUUUAUUUUCUACACAAAAAUUCACUUGACAAAUGGUUUUUCAGGAGCCUAACCCAUUCGUAUAACGAGGGAUACCUGCAUGUGGAAACCAUUACAGUUCUCUCCCAACUCUCAGAGUAGAAAUGUUAUUCUACCUAUGUAUUGUAAGUUCUCUAAGUCAUUCCAGAUUUGUGAUAUGUUGAGUACUGCAAUGGUAAUAUUGUAUUGAAAAAGUAUAUAAAAGAAUUAUAUCAUUAAUAAUAAUUACUGUAUAAACAUUUUUAAAAAGCAGAAGAUAACAUUACAUUAUCAGAAUAUUAUGACUGGAGCUAGAGGGUGAACUCCAUUCUCAGUUAAUGGUAUUUCAACUGUACCGACAUAACAUUCUACUGUGCCCUUGGAAUGUCAACCACUUCACAUGCUAUAGCAUAGCAUUACAAUGUCCAAACAUUAACAACUUGGAGGAUACCUAACUAAAGUAAAAUUAGCAGAGUCCGACCUCUUAAGCUACGUUUAACAACCAAGACAAUAACUUCUGAUAUCGUAACUUCAACCUCUUGUUUUUUAAAAUAUCUUAUGUUAUAGGAUAAAAAGACUUCUAGUCCAACCUUCAUUAUUGUUUUCAUGUCAUUGUCUCUCUCCUGCCAUCUCUUUACUUUGUUAUAUGUCUGCUUUUCUCUUUGUUUAUCUGGAUUGUUUUAGUUAUUCUAUUUUCUUCCACCGAUCUUGAUAUAAUGUUAGUUUUUAUUUUUAAUUGGCUGGGUUGUAUUUGACAUAACUUUCUCCUACUGCCUGGUUAUCUUGAUAUAAUUUUGUGUUGUGUGCCCUUCUUAAAUCACUCCCAUUUAUUUAUCAAAAUGUUUGUUGUGUUACAGUAUAUGAAUAUCUUUAUCAAUGACUUCUGCAGUGUUCAUAUGCAAGCAGUUGACUGGUUGACCUAGAGAAAAAGGCCGAAAGUAUGAUUUUUUAAAUUUUUGUCAAAAGGAAAAAAUAAUCCAUGAAAGAUAACUCAAUUGGAAUAUUAUAACUGUACAGUACUUGAUUGAAUUGAAUUCAGACAGCUCUUAAAAUUCACUCUCCAGCAUUUGUUUUGUCAGCCAAAGUGAACCCAGAUAUCAUCCAUCGUUACUCAUCGUGAUUUUUUUUUGUCAUCUUCUCAACUCAUGCAAGUGUUCUUUCUUAAACAAUUUUUUUUGCUGAUUUUGCUAAAUUUGUUUCUUUGUCUUCUCAGUUUCCUUUGUUGUUCAUUUGCCUACAGGAAGUGCAGGAGACCUUAUACCAUACCAAAAAUUUUAUAGCCAGAGUCAGUCAGUCUGCCUCAGAUUUGAAGAGCAUUGUUAUAGACCCCUCGGGAAGAUGUUAAGUGAAGGCUGAAAGUUUGCUUAGUAUCAGUAUCAAACUUAUCAACAACCCCCUCUCCAAACUGCUGGUUUUGCCCUCCCUGAAUCCAGGUUCACACACUGAAAACAUAAUAGUUUCAGCUGACUAUACAUGAACCCCCUAGGAAGGUAGGAGGGUAUCCAAACCACAUGGUUAUGGGCUUUACCAAAUCUAGGGAUUUUUAGGAACAAUCCACUAUAUCCAGCUUAAUUCCCUCUCAGUCCGCCAUGUACAAUUAGUGAGAUAUUUAUUAACAGAUUGACCCUGGCUGACCCAAGGGGCCCAGAAACAUUGCUUAAAGGCCCCCAAUAAGUCAUCCUCUGUUACAAGAACUGCCUGUCACAGAUUCCAUUAGAAAAGGGGAUUUCAGGAUGUAUUCUUCAUUUAUAAAGAGUCAAAUGUCAUUAAUAGCUUAUCCAGUUUAUAUUAUGUUUGAUAUGCUUCAUUAUUGUCUGUUGCACGUACGUUAUGUUAGUCUUCGUGCAACAUUUAUUUUAACUUAACUUUUAUUUUCAGUGUUUUCCAUUCAUCACUUAUUUAUUUCCUUGUGUGUUUGUUGCCAUUAAGUCAUAUGCUGAACUCAACUUCCUCCUAGUUUUCCUAUUAUUUGUAUUACAGUAUUUGUUUGUUUUCUUAUUUUUACUGAUGUUAUUUCUCUUUCACUGUAUUCUCCCCUAAUCUCUCUUCAUAUUUCUGAUAGAGAUGGACAGGAUUUAUAAUUAUGUUUUGUUUUUUGUAUUUAUGUCUCUUAUAAGCUUAUUAGUGUGACUCCAUUGUAAUUGAUUUGUUUUUUAUUGUACAUUAAAAAUAAUAUCAAGCUUGUUAUAACUAAAAUGGGCUGUACAGUAUAAUUGAAGUUUGUAUAAUUCACAGACAUAAUUAUUAAAUUUCUGUACAGUACGGUAUAUCAUGUUGUAAAUCUAUAGCUUAAUUAUUAUUUUUCCUCUUCCUCUUCAUAAUAUCCUCUUGCCUCUUUUGAAACCUCACUACAUUGUUUUCCCCUUUUCUUUUAUUCUUUUUUUGUUAUUCAUGUUGUUCUUAUACCUCUUAAGUUUAUCCUCAUACUUUACCAUUCUCUGCUUCUAUUCAGCCAUACUCAAAUAGUUAAUCAAUACAUACACUUCUUGGUGCUCUUCCUCUCCAUAAUAUCAACCAUCUGUACUUAGGACAUACAAGCUGUUUUAACGUCACUCAUCAGCUAAUUAGCUGUGUCACAUUGAAUGUUUUAAUAAUGGGUAUAAUUGUGUAUAAUUGCCCAUGACUAAGGAUGAUCAUUAUAUUACCAGUAUUGUAUUUCUUCUUAUUAUUUUAGUACUUUGUCUGUUGUAUUUGCCUUUCCUCAAUUUUACUUGCCAGAUACAGCAUUUACUUACCACUGGUGGAUGAGUAAAGGGGACCCUGUUAACAUUAGUCAUAGCUCUGCCUCAGAGAACUCAGUUACCUCCUUUACUCCCAGCCGGUUUAUCCACAGUGGCCGUGUUAUCUUAAUUCUCCACAAUCUUGAUGGAUUUCCUCUUAUCAUUGUGGCACAAAUUGACAUUCAUUGUAUGUAAAGUGAAUUGUCUCCAUGUUCCACAGUUAUUGUAGCUUCCUCUUUGCUUACUACAUGACCAGUUUGGGAUAUACAUAUACAGUAUGAUGGUGUAUGCAGUUAUUAGAACAUGUAGUAAGGAUGAGGUUGUUGAAUAUAUUCUUAGUACAGUACAGUACAGUACAGUACAGUACAAUGUUCAAUAUACCUGUACUAUAAUCAUCUUUUUUUUCUCUUACUGUUUCAAUAUUUUCAAUAUGUGCUGGAUGCUUAAAUAUUAUGAAUUGAAUUGUACAAUAAUAUUUAUCUAUAUAUACAGAAGUAUUGUAGCAAGUAUAUACCAUAGUAUUUAUUGUAUACAAUAGCCAGUAAACAAACCUGAUGAUACAUAGUGGUAAAUGUAGUUGACACAAUGUUAUUACGUCUAUAUUCAAUGUAUUGGUUGUUCCUUCAUUUAACUCAAUACAGUACAUGGGGAAUACUGUACUGUAUGUAGUUGUUGAUUCAGAUUGAAAGAUAUUGAUUUUUGCAUUGAGUUUAUUUAAUUUACAAAAAAUAGCCUGUAGGUGAUAUAUUUCUAGUGGGGUAGUCAUUGAACCAAUGAAGUCAUUUGAUCAAUAUGUUAAUGAAUCAACAUGGAAACUGCCUUGAAAAAAGUAAAGAAAUUGUCCUAUCCA